AUGGGCGCUACCCCAUUCCAUCGAUCCAUCCUCGAAGUCCGGUUGCCAAAGCACUUCGACAAACUGACGGACAUGAGGUACGACGGAACCCAAGACCCUCUGGAACACCUCACAGCCUUCGAAGCUAGGAUGGAUCUGGAGGGAGUAGGGGACGAGGUGAGAUGCCGAGCUUUCCCGGUGACCCUGGCAGGACCCGCGAUCAGAUGGUUUAACGGCCUCCCGCAGGAGUCCAUCUAUGGGUUUUCGGACAUCAGCCGUGCCUUCCUAGCCCAAUUCACAACACGAAUAGCAAAGGCAAAGCACCCGAUCAACCUUCUGGGGAUAACCCAGAGACAGGGAGAGCCGACCAGGAAAUACCUGGACAGGUUCAACGACGAAUGCUUGGAAAUUAACGGCCUAACCGAUUCGGUGGCCAGCCUUUGUCUGAUGAACGGCCUUCUCAACGAGGACUUUCGAAAGCACCUUACCACAAAACCAGUUUGGACGAUGCACGAGAUCCAAACGGUAGCCAAGGAGUACAUAAAUGACGAGGAAGUUAGCCAAGUCGUGGCCACCAAUAAACGGCACUCCGGCUACAACCAACCUAGGCAACAAGGUAAUGGAGAAAGACAAAAAGAACAAGCCAGGGAAGGAGCGUCGAGCAAGGCACCCAGGCCAUUCCCCCGGGUCGGGAAAUUCACCAACUACACUCCGCUCACUCUUCCCAUCAUGGAAGUUUAUCAGCAAAUUGCCGAGAAAGGAAUCCUGCCGAAGCCCCGACCACUCAAGGACCGUACGGGGGGAAACAAGAACUUCUACUGUGACUAUCACAAGGGCUAUGGUCACCAAACACAGGACUGUUUUGACCUGAAAGACGCACUAGAACAAGCGAUAAGGGAGGGUAAACUGACAGAAUUCUCCCAUCUUAUAAGGGAGCCGAGGAGGCGUCAUCGCGACCAAGACGAAGAAGGCAAAACCCGGUCGGCAAAGUGGCGACAAGAGCCAGAAGACAGAGAUCACGGCCUCACCGGGAUAAACGUAGUGACAGCCAAAAACGCCGCGCCAAGGUCGCGAUCGGCGCACAAGAAAGAUGCCAAGGUCUUGGCGGUCUCUUCCUCGCUGGUGCGAAGCUCUAAGAAGCCCCCUUCUAUCUCUUUCGGCCCAGAAGACCAGUGGUUCGACGAGGCCCCUGAAAACCCACCCAUAGUCAUCACGGCCAGAGUGGAAACCGGUCUCGUCAAACGAAUCCUUGUCGACACGGGGGCAGAUUCGAACAUCAUGUUCCAUAACGUGUUUGACGCACUGGGGCUAAGGGACGCCGACCUGUCGACUCACCAGCACGGGGUCAUCGGGUUGGGCAACCACUUCAUCAAACCUGAUGGAGUAAUAUCCCUGCCGGUCUCAAUGGGACAGGCUCAAGGCCGGAGAUCGGCGAUGGCCGAGUUCGUGGUCCUCCGAGAUUCCACCGCCUACAACGUCAUCUUGGGAAGGAAGACGAUUAACGAUGUUGAAGCGAUAAUCAACACAAAGCUGCUAGUCAUGAAGUUUGUUACCGAUGACGGAUCUAUAGGGUCCAUAAGAGGGGACCUCAAGACGGCAGUCACCUGCGACAACGCCAGUCUCUCCCUAAGGAAGAAAUCCAAAGAGGCGUCUGGGGUGUUCCUAGCUGACCUGGACGCCAGAGUAGACGACAAACCCAGACCAGAACCAGAGGGAGACCUGGAAAAAUUCAUAGUCGGCGACACGGAGGAAAAAUUCAUGUUCGAACAUACAUAUCACUGCAACUUCUUGAAACUUUGUACCCACUUGCCAUGA